AUGAACCAGUUCUUGAUCGCACGAACAUUGGCAGGCUUGGGUGGUGGUGGUUUGAACACUCUCAACAGUGUCAUUAUGUCGAGUCUGGUGCCACUCAAGUCUCGAGGCGUGUAUCAAGGGUUGUCAAAUAUCGUAUACGGCCUAGGCGUUGGAACAGGUGCCCCUUUAGGCGGCUUGUUGAAUGACAAGAUUGGCUGGCGUGGUGCUUUUUAUGUGCAGAUCCCAAUCUUGCUGGUAGCGCUGCUGGCUCUAUCUUGUUUCCUUGGGCAUGAUGAGGGCAUUCAUUUUGGGCCAGGUGACUCGAUUUGGAGACGGCUCAAGGAUGUCGACAUCCUGGGCCUUGCUUUGUUCGCGUGUGUGCCAAUAUCAUUUCUGCUCGCGUUCGAUUUGGUUAGUGUGCAAAAUGCGCCCUUGUUCGAUAAGUAUGUUAUGAGUGCCAUUUUCAUUGCUCUGAUUGCUUUUGUUCUCUUUCUGGCUGUUGAACGGACGCUGCCACGUUUUCCCUUGCUGUCCUUUUCCAUCCUUUCGAUCCGCUCUGUCUGGUCCACGGCAAGUGCGAAUUUUUUUAUCAGCAUGGCGUUGAUCAGCUUCAACUACUUCUUCCCAUUCUUUUUUCAAACGGUAGCUCAAAUGCCAGCCUCAGACGUGGGCCUUCGAAUGAUGCCUGCCAGCUUUGCCAUUGGAGUUGGCAGCUUGGCCGCAGGCUUUUACAUGCGCCACUACGGUCGAUACUAUGGCUACCUAUGUGUCAGCGUGGUUGUGUUGUGCCUCUCCUGUCUUCCGAUGGCUUUUUACUCGUCCAAUCCGCCUAAGCUUUUGCCUUUUGUAUUUAAUGUGCCGCUCACAUUUUCUCAGGCUGGGUUUUUCACAUGUGCACUUGUGGCUCUCGUCCAUGUGGUCAGUCAAGAAUCUCUGGGUGUGGCAACUGGUAUGAACUAUCUUUUUCGUUCCACCGGGCAGGUUAUGGGCAUUUCCCUGUCUGGAUUUCUUUUACAAUGGACACUCUCCGACGAGCUUGGCAAACGGAUUCUCGGCCCUGGUUCCGAUGAGCUGAUUCUUCAAAUUCGUCAUGACUCGACGAUCCUGCCGUCACUACCGGCCGACCUGCGCCACGAGGCACUCUUGUCCUAUACUUCUGCGUUACACAACGUCUUUCUUUUUAUCAUUGGAUGUUAUGUGUGUACUAUGAUCUUAUCUUUCUUCGUCGAGAACAAACACCUGGACGAGCCUUUUUCUGAUGAGCAAGAUACCUCUUGA